CGCUCCGUCCUCCCGGCCGCAAGGUGCCCCCAGACCCCCGGCUCCUCUUCCGCCGCCGCCGGAGCCUCGUCCUCCAUCCCUCCCUCCUCCAUCCCUCCCCGUCCCCGCCGCUUCCUGCUCCGGGGAUCGGCGCUCUCGGCUCCGGGGCCCAGGCGCCCGAGGCUGCCCGGAGCUCGGCCAGGUGCUGUGCAGCUUGGGGGGCUGGCUCUCACUCUACAUUUCUUUCUGCCGCCUGAAUAAGCACCGAAGCUAUGAGUGGAGCUGCCGGCUGGUAACAUUCACCCAUGGAAUCCUCUCCAUAGGCCUCUCAGCUUAUAUUGGCUUCAUUGAUGGCCCUUGGCCUUUUACCCACCCAGGCUCGCCCAAUACUCCUCUCCAAGUGCACGUUCUCUGUCUCACCUUGGGCUACUUCAUCUUCGACUUGGGCUGGUGCAUCUACUUCCAGUCUGAGGGGGCCCUGAUGCUGGCUCACCACACACUGAGCAUCCUGGGCAUCAUCAUGGCCCUGGUGCUUGGUGAGUCAGGCACAGAGGUCAAUGCAGUCCUGUUUGGAAGUGAGAUUACCAACCCCUUGCUACAGAUGCGCUGGUUUCUCCGUGAAACAGGCCACUACCACAGUUUCACUGGAGACGUAGUGGACUUCCUCUUUGUGGCCCUGUUUACUGGAGUGAGGAUUGGAGUAGGAGCUCGCCUCCUUUUCUGUGAAAUGGUCUCACCCAAGCCCAAGUGGUUUGUGAAGUUUGGAGGAGUAGCAAUGUACGCCGUGUCUUGGUGUUUCAUGUUUAGCAUCUGGCGCUUUGCGUGGAGGAAAAGCAUCAAGAAGUACCAUGCCUGGAGAAGCAGGUGCAGUGAGGAGCGGCAGCUGAAGCACAACGGCCAUCUCAAGACGCACUAGCCAAGCCUUUCUCCAGGUGAUGCAUUGGGUUUAGUCGGCCACGGGAACCGGUUGGAGACACGGCUAUUAAAGAAUCAUGCUCACAACCAACUUAGCUUUCAAGAAAGGGCUAAACUCUUCAGUCAGCCUGGUCAGUUUUCGAGUGAAGCCCAUGCCAGUAUUAAAACACUAACGUCUACUGUGGCCCAGUUGUAGAAAGUGAGAAUACUCGAUGGUAGUUGGAGUAAAUCAGGGCCGUGAGAUGAGCAAUUGCUGCAUUCCUUUUAGCUUCUGGUGUCCCUGGGUCCUUUUGUCUCUGGGAUGCCUGAUGGCUAGAUAGCUCAGGAAGGAAUCUGAGAAUUCCUUUGAGAAUUUCUCCGAGAAUUGACUUCUUGAACAAACCCUUAUUCCUAUUUUCCAUGUAGCAAUUUAAGUAAAGUCACCCCCUUUACUGUAAAGGGAGGGAUUUUGGGGAAGAUGCACAUCUGGCAUUCUGAGCUUUGGAUCAGGGGACUGGAUGUGCUUAAAGAAAGGGAAAGAGUUGUGAGAAAGAUGGUGGUGAAACUGGCUGUGGUGGUAGGUCACUUCUUGAGCCCCUCUAUACCAACUGUUGAGGGUCCUCAAGACACACCCCCAGGUUUGGUGCUUUGCUACGGGGACUCACAUGACCCAGAAUGUUGUCAAACUCCUGGCUAUGAUUAGUUACAGUGUACAAAGAGAGCAGCCAAGGGAAAAGGUGCCUGGGGAAGAGUCCAAGGGAAACCAGGCCCAAGCUUCCAGAGUCCUCUCCCACUGGGAUCACCCAGGGUGUGCUUCAUUGCUCUAGCAACAAUUUGUGGCCAUAUGUGAGAAAUGUCCAACGAGGAAGCUCAUUAGAUGCUCAGUGCCCAAGUUUUUUAUUGGGGGCUGUAGGCAGCCAUUGCCUGGCAUGUAGCAAAAUUCCUGACUCCCAGAAGGAACAUACAUGUUCAUCAUGAACCAUUUUGUUUGCACAAACAAUUUAAGCAUGGUGACCAUUAUCAGCAAUUCGUGGAGGGAGAGCUCCUGAAAUCUACAUUCCCAGAUGCCUGCCCUUGGCCAACCUUGCAAGUUGGCCUUUCCAAGGACAGGAGUUCAGUCCUGCCCUGUUAACUCUUUUCUGUGCAAAAAGCAGAGAGCUAGAGCUUUGGAUGAGAGAUGAAUGAGGUGUAGGCAGAUUUACCGAGUCCUGCUGUACGGGUUCUGCUCUACCGGGAAAACUAUGCCAAUUCUCAGGGCUUUUGUGCAUUAAUCUCCCAGGCAUGAGAGGCUGUGAGUGAAUUCCAUAGGGAUUUACCAUGUGGAUUCCACUGUGCUUGAGAUGACAGUUCAAGUUUCAACUCUGCUACACAUACUGCAAACCAGAACCAAAGACUGAGGUGUGCUGGCCGCAGGGUGAUGAGGCUAAUUAAAAAAAAAAAAAAAUCAUAUACAUUCCCUUUAGCCCUCUUUACUACCUUUUCUUUUCUCUGAAAAAGGUGCCACUGUCUAUAAAACAUUAUGACAAGGCUGGUCUUGGAAGGAAACAAAAUAUUUCUUAGUGCAAUAGCCUCGAAUCUCACCCAGGAAAAGGGACAAUGUAAGUUUAGAACGAGAGGUUAGGAAUCAAGACUUUCUGGGUUCCUUUAACUAAUUUGGCUACUCACCUGCCAGAUCAUUUGAGCAGGUCACUGGUGUACCCUUUGUCUCAGUUUAAACUCUGUUGUGAAUGAAUGAAAUACCCUGCUGUGUAUUUCACAGCAACACUGUGGCAUUUUAUUAAGGGUUGUCUUUAAUGUAGGAUGUCUAUGGGGGGUGGGAAAUGAACUAUUAUUUAUUUAUUUAUUUUAUUUAUUUGCUGUUUAUUUAUUUAUUUGAUUAUGGAUUAUGUUAUUUAGACCACUGGGGAGCGAUCAACUCAGUGAGCAAAUGUGUGGGGCUACUGAAGCCUAAGCCUGGGUCAGUAGGAAAUCUCUAUCCAUUCUGUGGUCCCUGGUCAUACCUAAUGAGUGGUCCAUGUGCAAAAUGGAUGUCACUGGCCAGGCAUGACGUAGCGUUGGAACCGCAUAAAGUCAUCGUGGGUCUAGGAAAAGCAGUUUCCAAGGAAUGUUAACAGUGGGUCUUUUAAAAUGACUGUCAGCUGAUUACUGAGUUUUGCUGCACAUGGAAAUAAUCUGACAGUAGCGUCUCCGUUCUCUUUUCUUCUGUGAUCAGUAUCCCCAGAAUGCUGGUGAGCUUCUUUCCAGCAAAACUGUGGUCAACGUUGGAUGCUGGGGAAUGCUGAUUUUAGCAAAAGCCUAGUAAAAAAGAGUGGCUUGGCGCAGGAGCUUAAAAAAAGAAAAAGCUGGCUCUUGAAUUUUGGCACAGUGCAACCUGUUCCAUACCAGACAAAUGAAUAGGCUUAAUCUGGUACCAAUUUUUUUUUUCUUUUUACUCCUCAGAAGUGAAGGGAUUGCAGAUCUUGCUGUUUGAGGGGUACUCUCAAGGGAAAUGUAUGUAGGUUUCUUUUUGAUUUUUGAUUAGCCUAAAUAAUAAGAAAAGAAAAAUUGUUCAUUUUGGCUUUUCCUGAUGUUUUACCUAAUAACUAUGAAGGAAUCUCCCUGAGAGAAAAAUGGGACAUGAAGGUGAGUCAGCAGUUAAGAUGGGAGUUUUAAUCUUAGGUAAAUGAAGGGCUAAUUAAUAUGUGCUGUGGUCGGACAAAAUGAAGUAUUUUAUUCAUUCGCCUUUGGAUUACUAUGUAAUAAUUCCUAACACUGCUCAAGAAAGAUUUAUAUUUCAGUGAG